AUGCGAGGAGCUACGGCUUCCAAAAUAAGCGCAAGUUUAUGGCGCCUGGCCGACCCUUUCAGGGGGCCGCACGAAAAAUCUGCAAGCAAGACCACAUCCAACGCCAGGCGCAUCCUUAACGCAAAUCACGCCGUGCAGCAGCAGCAGAACUUCAUCAGCAGUGAUGGAUUGAUCGAGAUCCCAAAGGAGAUACUCCAGUAUCUCAAAACUAUCAAGGAGCUGACCCAGGACCUGCUCGACAACCCGGACUGGGACGCCCCACAAAUCAUCAAGAAAACCGUGAUAGUAAGCAAGACCUUCACACACAAUGCGAAUCUCGACCACUGCAAACAAUGA